GACUUUCCCUUCUUCUGCUUGGCGUGGAUCGUAGAAUCCGUGGUAAGAGCAUUUUGAAAGCGUCUUGGGUUGGCGUUAUCUCUGCGAACGCGCGGUGCGUGUUGUGGAUCGACUGCUAACCAUCUUCGUCCUUCCUGGAUGAUAGUAAUUUAUCUACUUAAAUUAGUCAAAAACUCACCAUCUUCCGCCAUAUGUUAUGGUGUCCGAGGAGAUGUUCGGUUCUCGAUGGACCAGUUUAUUUAUUUAUUUAAUACCUUCCUUUGUGCUUGCUAUAGAUACUUACUCCAUUGAUUCUCAUAUAGCGGCCCACACUGAUCGUGUUCGCACGGCUAAGUAUAACAGUUUCCCACGCAGGCAAUCAACGUUUCAACGGCCAAUGACAAGCCCUAACGUUACCUCAAAUAUACGGCAAAAGGCUCACAAAGUCCAUCAUAUGUGACGAUACACCGAUAUUCGCAAUGAGCAGCGUGCUGCGAAGCCUAAAAACACGUUUUCCAGACGCCGCUGGGCGUGUUUUUGCCUUCGAUAUGCAAGCGUAAGAUAUGACUUGAACGUCACAGAUGACCGACAUGUGUGUGUAGUGAACUGAAGGGUCCUUUGAGCGCAGCCUCCAUGUGUAUGCGGAAAUGUGUU